AGCUAGCUCACUAAAACUGUGGCGGCUGGGUGUGAUUGUUAUAUAUACCUAGAAUCAUCAUCAUACCAUCAGUGUGGCUGUAACAAAAUGACAGAGAGAAAUCCAGUAGCAGCAAAUUCAUCAUCACCUGACAGUGAUUUUAGCAACCAGCAAUGGUCUUUUGAACUCUCUGACUACUUGAGUUUUGAUGACAUUGAUUGGCAACAUGUUGAUCCCACCACAUAUAAUCACUCUUUUGUUUAUCAACCCAAUGAUGUAGCAGGUGGCAGCAACAACAUUGAGGGGUCUUCUACUUCUAAUCAUACCAGGGAUACAAAUACUACAAUGAGUGGAACAGCCCUAACCCAAGGUACAUAUUGGAAGAAUGAAGUUAAGGAAAGAAUUGCAUUCAAAACAAUGACAGAGAUUGAAAUACUUGAUGAUGGUUACAGAUGGAGAAAGUAUGGAAAGAAAAUGGUCAAGAACAACCCUAAUCCAAGGAAUUAUUAUAGGUGUUCUGUGGAGGGAUGUCCUGUAAAAAAGAGAGUUGAGAGGGAUAAUGAUGAUUCAAGAUAUGUCAUAACAACCUAUGAAGGCAUGCACACACACCCAACUUCUUCAUAGCUAGCUCCAAAUAUUAUGAGGAAGUUUUGAAGGUGGUAGUGUUGCAUGUCCUCUAAAUCUAAUGUAAUUAACUAUCCAACAACAAAACUAGAUUCUCUCUCAUUCGACUUCAACCCAAAGGAUCCAAACUUCCAACAACAUUUGAGUCCUACACUUUUCAUGUAAAACUCACCUUAAAAA